AUUUCAUUUCAGUUAUACACAAUACAGAUCAGCAGCCAUACUGAAGAUUCAGAUAUAUCCUGUAUUGAAAGAAGAUUUUCAGAUUUUGAAAAAUUAAAUGCAGUGUUAAGGAAGCGUUUUCCAGAUCAAAUGGAAGCAGUUGCAUUUCCAAGGAAAGUUUUGAUGGGUAAUUUUCGGCAGGCUACCAUAGCAACUAGAAGUAGAGCAUUUGAACAAUAUCUCAGCCAUUUGUAUGCAAUAUAUCAAAUUCGUUACUCGCGAGAUUUUUUAGAAUUUUUCUUGCUCGAUAGUUUACGAGAUGGCUAUAAGAAUCUUCAACAGGAAAAUUAUACGAAUGCAAUAGCAAAUUUAGAAUAUUGUCUUCCGUUGACAGAAAAACUUUAUGGCAACACAAACUCAACUGUGAUCAAUAUAUUGUGUGCCUUAGCCAUCUGCUACAAAAGCCUGGAUAGACCGCAUAUAUCUCAGAAAUACUCCGAGGCAGCAGUCAUGUGUUAUGAUGAAGAUGACUGUGAUGAAACUUAUGUCGCCGUUUUAAUACUCACUAUCAGACUCUGUUGGGAACUUGGAAAAGACAAGCAAGAUCUGGAGCUUAAACUUCAAAAAGUUAAAGACAAAAACAUUGAUAUAGACAAUAUACCUGAGUUGAAACUCAUUUGCAAGCAAAGAUGUCAGAGUAUGUGA